UUUGAGAUUGAUUGAUUGAAUAGAUCGAAAUAGUCGUUGAUAUUGAAAUUCUACAAACAAAAAAACGAUUAUUUUCUGUGUUUUUUUGUUUCAAUUUGUGUCAAUUAUUAUGGUGAUUUUCAACAACAACAACAACAACAGCAUAAUUCAUCUAUCAUCACAAUUUUUGUUUGUUUUUCAGCAACAAAAAAAAAGAAAUCAACGCUUCCGAAAUUCCGGAUUCAAAGAUUCGCAAUUGAAGGAAGAAAAACAAAAAAUCGAUGCAACCGCUAGUCUCAUAAUUCAAUAUCAACAACAACAACAAAAAAGUACGCCAUGUGACGUUGUUAUGAUUCGAAGAGAAAAGUUUUUUUUUCGUUUUUUAAAAAAAGAAUCUUUCCAAUUAAAAAAAACAAAACAAAAUCAUAAUUCCUGGUUUGUUUAUUUUCAUCAUUCUUACCUGUGUGUGAUAAUAGCCAUUGCCAAUCAAUCAAUCGAUUCGAUGUUUUGUUUUCUGCUGUUGCUGUUUAUACCUGGUUGAAUUGAUUUAGAAUUGAAUUGUAUGUAAGU